AAGACACCAUAGAAAAAAAACUGAGAGAAGAACAGAAACAAAGUCGGUCCAUUUUUCACUUAAUUUCCUUUGUUUUGGAAAUGGAUAAAAUUACCAGUGCCGCUCAGGCGGCUCAGCAGAGGUCAUUUUCUCUCCGUGAUGGGGUCAUCUUGGUGAUACUUUCUCUGAUGGCUACCUAUCUUUUAAGAGUUCAGCACAGCUUUGAACUUGUUCCUUCCUGGCGGUACGAGGUCAGCACAGGUUUCUACGAAGAGAGUAUGAAUACUAGGACCUUGAAAAAAUUACCUGUUCCAUUGGUAGCUGAUAUUGAGAGUGAUGGUAGAAAUGAGAUCCUGUUGACAACCAAGGAUUCCUCCCUGCUCCUCCUUAAGACGUCUAAACCUUCUCCAGGACUCAAGGCUCUACCGUAUCUCAACACCCUGGAUGAGUUCUCUCUUCUCUCAGACGAAGCAGAUAUAGCUGGAGACAAGAAACAAGCAGUUGCUAUGGCAACAGGAUACCUAGAGCCCCUGACUUCAGAUAAUCAAGUUCGAAAGCAGGUAAUUGUUGUUUUGUGUGCUGAUUGGACAGUGGUUUGUCUGAAUAGUGAUUUCAAAUUGAUUUGGUCCAUGAAGCUACCAAACACAACCUGGAGUCAUCAGUAUGUUAUGAGUGAAGCAGCCAUCUUGAUUCUUCCACACAGUCUGCAAUCUGAUGAUGGUGGACUGGUGAUCAUAGGUGGCAGGCUGGCAGAUAGACUGGCACAUGCGACCUUAAAACAUAGUCAUGAUGGUCAUGGGUUCGAUGGUGCAAACAAGGAGAGUAAGUCAAGCCAUGAUGUAGGUCAUUUCUCAACCUUUGCUCUAUCUGGUCGUCACGGUGAUGUAAGAUGGCAUCAUCUUCCAGGAGACUUUGGAGAAGAAACAAACACAGAAGAGAAACUGUUCGAAGGAUUCCACUUCAAGUUGAAUUUGAAGAGAGGCUGGGGGCAUCAAGGUGAACUUGGAUGGAACCAGUACAACCAAGCACUCCUCAAACAAAUGCCUUUCCGAUGGCAGUCUAGCAUGGACACCAAGAUUGACAUUGCAGAGUUCCGCAAGGACGGGGUCAAAAAGAGUGCAGAAAAAGAUGAACAUAUUCUGUCAGUAUCAUCAUAUCUGACAUCGAGCUUUGAGGAACACAUCGCUGGCCACCAUUUUGGAGGUCUUCCACCACACUCAGCAUCAGAACACAUCAAGAAUCCUAAUGCUGUCAUCAUUCAUUCUCAACAGGGCAUAGAGGUUCUGGAGCUGAAGUCUGGACGACCUAUGACACGGCUUGACCUUUCUCCUGAUGCAACCUACGCUGACAUUGACAAGGAUGGUGUUGUCGAUCAGGCAAAAGCUUUAUUUACUGAUGACGGGAGUGAAGGCAAUUGUCAAGCUGUUGUAAAAACUGGCCAUCCUCCCCACUCUGAGCUGUAUAAUGGAUCCAUUUGCUACCCUUCCUCCCUCUGGGCUGCUUUAUCAUACCCAUGGGCUUAUGCUUCAGGAAGUUCUGAGAUAAAGGAAAAUCAAGAGCUCAGUCUACGUCCAUUGAUUGUGAAAAGUGUUGCUAAGCGACGAGGUAUCAUCAGUCACUUGCUCGGCCUCUCAAUGUCCAAGGCUGGCAUGGACACCAUCUUCACGGUCAGUACAGGUCAGGUGACUAGCUACGGGCCUCAAGGACAGUUCAAUUGGCAGGUAUCCACAUCAGCUUUGUGGAGUGAGCGUUACAUCGUAAAGAAGUUCAGGAAAGUAGAUCAUGAUCUUCAAGAGAUAUAUCAUAGAGCUUUGCUACCCAGCAUCCUUCCUCUCUCUAUACAGGAGUUUGGGCAACAGUCAGCAGCGGUGAUUGCAGGAUGGGAUCACAUUGUUCUACUCUCGUUAGAAACAGGCAACAUCCUGGCAGAGCAUACGUUACCAUGCCAACCGACUGCUCCCGUUGUCAUUGGUGAUUUUGACGAUGAUGGCUUGAAUGAUAUCAUCGUCCAGUGCUCACACAGUUAUCUGGGUUUCUCCAUCCAGCGUUACUCUGGUUACUGGGUGACAGCGUUCAUCGGUCUGGCUGUAGUUGUCAUAGUAACGACCCUUGUAGCUACCUGCACCCCCAAAGAGAAAGCUAUAGAGGGAGCUGUCGUUGGAGAUGAAGAUGAUAGCUUACAGGUCGGAGUCGGCCCAAAGAGCUGAAGCUAUAAUUUUGCACAAUAUUUUCUUGUACUAGAUACUUUUGAUAUUCAAGGUAUUCAUGGUUGUUGCAAUACAUGUAGACAUUUUGUAUUUAUUUGUAAAUAUAUUUGUAUUUUGGAGAAGUAGCAGUACUAGUCUAACUUCAUCUGAGAAUAUUCACUUGUGUUUGCAGCCAGUAUUUAUCCAUCAGAGAUAGUUUGCAUAAUAACUAGCUGGCAAAAUAGAGAAAAAUUACUCAGGGAAGGAUUGAAGUACCAUAAUCUUGUGGUAAAAUCCUGAUUGAAUCAAGGAAGCCUACACUUGUUCCAGACAACCAAUACAUAAUAAAUAAUAAAUAAAUAAAUAUAAAUGGUAAAAAGGCAGCAUCCUUCCUAACCUUAUAGGGCAAUCCUAGUCUUUUAUUAACUUCAUUUGUUUGAAAUCAAUGAGAGAAA